AUGAAAAUGAAAUUGUUCUGCGAAACCUGCAAAGGCCUAUUUCAUCUGGAAUGCAGAAAAGUAACUGAGAUCGAUGCCCGUCUUAUGCAGCAAGAAAAAAGGGCCUGGUAUUGCGAUAACUGUCCUGAUGGUAGGAGGCUGAGUUUACCACACCGCUCUAGAACAUCGGUAAUGCCUACUUGUCCAAGUCCAGAGAGAGAAGAUGAAGGCAUUUAUGAAUUAAAAAGCAUUCUAAAGCAAUAUCAGGGAAAUGAAACUAUCAAUGGAGUUUCUGAAUGA